AUGGGUUCAAAAUUGGAGUUACUCUUGAUUACGUUGAAGACGAUGGAACAUAAGCUUCAGAAGAUUGAGGACAAGAUCGAAGAACAUCGAUCCAGCCACGAACAAGGGCAAAAAGAAAUGUUCGUCGCCAUUGAGAAACUUGAACACCAAGUCGAGCGUAAUUUAAGUGAGCUUCAUAAAGACAUCGACAACGUACAUAACAUCACUCGGCAGAUAAUAAAUGUCUUACCGCAGCUGCAUGUCUCAAUGACAACAGAAGUUCCACAGCCCCUGACCACAACUACAACAACAACGACCACAACACCGAAAGAUAAGCAACCUCCGUUUUCCUCGUGCAAAGAUGUUCCUUCGAACGCCUCUGGAACAUAUCUGCUUAGUGUGAAUAAUGAUAGUGAACCGUUCGCAGUAUAUUGCGAACAGAAUGCGUUCGAUGGUGGAUGGAUAGUGUUUCAGUACCGCUUUGACGGAUCACUGGACUUUUAUCGAGGGUGGAAUGAGUUCCGCGACGGAUUUGGUGAUUUGCGCCAAGAGUUCUGGUUAGGUCUGGAGAAGGUCCACCAGAUAACAAAUGGCCGUAAGCACGAACUGAUGGUUGAAUUGAAAGAUUUUGAAGGAACCUAUGCAUAUGCGCGGUAUGAUGCAUUCGAAAUAGGUAAUGAGAGUGAUCAAUACGACUUGAAGCUUCUUGGAAAUCAUAGCGGAACUGCAGGGAAUGCAAUGUUAUAUAAUAAUGGUGCGAAGUUCUCGACCAAAGAUCGGGAUAAUGAUGAGUGGUCCAGGAUACAUUGUGCACAGCGCUACGAAGGUGCAUGGUGGCACUGGGAUUGUACUAGCACGAAUUUGAACGGGCGUUACAUCAAUGCGACAGGUAGACAAUCAAUGCAUUGGUUAUAUUUCAAUUACAGACAGCAAGGAUUGAGUUACUCACGAAUGAUGAUCCGAGAGUUGGAAUAG